AGAAGUCAAUGUGUUAGAUUUCUCUCAAGGCAAGAUGUCGGGUCACGAUCAGCUGGUCCUCUGUUUGUGUGAAUUAACGAGGUUGCUGUGGAAGUUGCUGCUGCCCUUGCUGUUUCUGUGUGCGCUGCUGAUCGCCGUCCUGGUGCUGCUGGUGCUGGCCGUGCGCUUCUGGCUUCAAAGCAGCAGGAACGCUCGGCGGGCGAGGGACGGCCGUCCCACGGUGGCCUUCUUCCACCCCUACUGCAACGCCGGUGGUGGGGGGGAGAGGGUGCUGUGGUGUGCUCUCAGGGCACUGCAGCGCAGGUAUGUGGACAUCAACUUCGUGGUGUACACGGGGGACCUGGGUGUGACGGGUCAGCAGAUUGUGGACGGGGCGCGGCGUCGUUUCAACAUCGUGCUCCCCCGCCCGGUUCAGUUUGUGUUCCUGAGGCACCGGCUGCUGGUGGAGCCCAGCCUCUUUCCUCACUUCACUCUGCUGGGACAGAGUGUGGGCUCCGUCUUCCUGGGAUGGGAGGCGCUGAUGCAGUUCGUCCCAGACAUUUACAUCGACUCCAUGGGCUACGCCUUCACGCUGCCCCUGUUCCGCUACUUGGGAGGCUGCAGUGUGGGGAGUUACGUUCACUACCCCACCAUCAGCACUGACAUGCUGUCUGUAGUGAGAGAGAGGAACCCCAGGAUCAACAACCCAGACUACGUCUCCAACAGCCUCUUCCUGAGUGCCUUCAAGGUGGUCUACUACUGCCUCCUCGCCCUUCUCUACGGCAUGGCCGGCUCCUGCAGCGACCUCAUCAUGGUCAACUCAUCCUGGACCCUCGAUCACAUCCUGUCCCUGUGGCGCGCUCCCAACCGCACCAGCGUGGUGUACCCGCCCUGCGACGUCAGCGCGUUCGCGGACGUGCCGCUGGAGGAGGACGGGGACAGGAAGUGCCACUCGAUCGUCUCCGUCGGGCAGUUCAGGCCGGAGAAGGACCACCGGCUGCAGAUCAGGGCUUUCAAGAAGGUGUUGGACAGAAGGGGGGACGGCGCGGGGGGGAGGGAGUCUCUGAAGCUGGUUCUGAUCGGCGGAUGCAGGAACCAGGAAGACGAGGACAGGGUGCUCAUGCUGAGGGGGCUCUGCCAGGAGCUGGGCGUGGCCGACAGAGUGGCGUUCAAACUCAACGUGCCCUUCGAGGAGCUGAAGAGGGAGAUAGCAGAAGCCACCAUUGGACUGCAUACCAUGUGGAACGAACACUUUGGAAUAGGCAUUGUGGAGUGCAUGGCAGCAGGGAAGGUCAUUCUGGCACACAAGUCUGGCGGACCCAAGCUGGACAUUGUGGUACCUUUCGAGGGAGGCCAGACCGGCUUCCUGGCUGACGACGAGGACAGUUACGCGGAGGCCAUCGAGAGGAUCCUGGCGCUGCCGCCCGCCAGCCGGCUGCACAUCAGACGCAACGCGCGGCAGUCCGUGGCUCGCUUCUCCGAUCAGGAGUUCGAAGCCUGCUUCCUCGCUGCCAUGGAGCCUCUGAUGGGAACACUGGAACGAUGAGAAGAGGACUCGUUGGCGUUCUUUGCGUGUGCGUGUUUGCAUGUACAGUUAACGUGAGCGCCUUUACCUUUAAUGCACUUAGGUUGUCAAAAUCUGAUUAAAACUCAGAAGGGUGUUGAAAUCACAAACACUGUGCUUCUUCAAGACAGUUUGUAAUCAUUCUUCUGGGUACAAUCUAGAUGCAUGGCCCUAUAAAAGAUUAAAGAGAGUAAUAAUCUGUCCAUGCAGCAGUGAAAACAUCAGAUCUUUUCCUCAAGUGUUCAAAGAGAAUCCAGCCACAGUUAAUUGUGUAGUUCUUAGUUGUAUUUGUAAAUCCAAAUCCCAAUUUUUGCAGGAUGCAUUCCUUUGUCAGUUUAUUUUCAAGAGAUUGUAUUAUAUUUAGUGAAAAUGGCUAAAGGGGAACAAAUACAUAUUUUAGCUGAAUAAUUUGCUUUAAAUGUAACGGAGAAUAUUUAUUGUUUACCAGAAUUAGAAUUCUCUAAAUGCCCAAAAUGUCAAGUAUUUUUGAUAUUGAUGAUGAAUGUAAUAAAAAUGACGAGAAUAAGGGAUUGUCAA